UAUGCAUUAUAUGUUUCGUGAUAUAAGUUGCGCUUCGAAUAUAGACCUUCAAGGUACAAUUUGAAGUAAUAUCGCAUUUAAUUGUUGGUGAAUUCUUCGGAACCUCUAAAAAUGAGUAUUUUAGCCUAUAAUGGUGGAGCUAUCAUAGCAAUGAAAGGCAAGAAUUGUGUAGCAAUAGCUGCUGAUCGCAGAUUUGGUAUUCAAGCACAGACCAUAACAUGUGAUUUUCAAAAGAUCUUUGAAAUGGGAUCUCAUUUAUAUCUUAGCCUUCCUGGUCUUGCCACCGAUACUCAAACUGUAAUGGAAAAGUUAAGAUUUAGAUUAAAUCUUUAUGAGUUGAAGGAAAAUAGAAAGAUACAUCCUAAAACAUUUUCAUCAAUGGUAUCAAAUUUAUUAUAUGAGAGAAGAUUUGGACCUUAUUUUGUAGAGCCCGUCAUUGCUGGAUUAAGUCCUGUUACUUAUGAACCAUUUAUUUGUAAUGUGGAUUUGAUAGGAUGUAUAAGUCCAUCAAAUGAUUUUGUGGUUGGAGGAACAUGUAGUGAGCAGCUAUAUGGAAUGUGUGAAUCACUUUAUGAGCCAGAUAUGGAACCAGAUGAUCUUUUUGAAACAAUCAGUCAAGCAUUGGUAAAUGCAUGUGACAGAGAUGCAAUAUCUGGUUGGGGUGCUAUUGUUUACAUAAUAGAAAAAGAUAAAGUUACAACCAGGACUAUUAAGACACGAAUGGAUUAAAAUACUUUUGAAUACAUGUUUGUGUUAUAUACCGAUAUAAAAUCUUUUAUUAAGAAGUACAUAUAUUGUUUAAAUAAAUUAAUGAUUUUCAAUAAACAAAAUGUAAAAUAUGAA